UUUGUGAUGGGAAAGUUUAGAGGUAAUAGCAGUGAUACUAGUGAGAAAAGUUGCCAUAGAGGGCAUUGGAGACCAGCUGAAAAUGAGAAACUAGAGCGGCUUGUUGAACAGUAUGGUCCCAAGAAUUGGAAUUUCAUUGCACAACAUUUUGAAGGAAGAUCAGGGAAAAGCUGCAGACUAAGAUGGUACAACCAACUUGAUCCUAAUAUCAACAAAAAGCCAUUUACAGAAGAGGAAGAAGAGAUGCUCCUCACUGCUCAUCGGAUUCAAGGAAACAAAUGGGCUUCUAUAGCUAGGCUAUUCCCUGGAAGAACUGAUAAUGCUGUCAAGAAUCAUUACCAUGUUAUCAUGGCAAGAAGAAAAAGAGCAAAAUUGUUCUUCUAUUGCAAGAGAAAUGAACAAAGGAAUCCUGAUCAUUCCAAUGGAAACAAUAUUAGUGGCAAAUUUGAAAGGUUUUUGAGGCCUCAACCAAAGUGUGGUUCUAAGUUAGGGUUUUGCAGGUAUCAUGUCACUGAGAGACAAGGUGUGACCUUACUAUCUUCUUCAUCAAGUUCAUCACCUUCUUGGCUGAGUGGAUCAAUAAUCUCAAGAGAUUCCUCAGGCUAUUAUGGCGGAGAAAUAAAGGAUUAUGUCAGGACAAGCGAUCAGGACGAUCUAUUUGUUAACACAUCAGGCCACAAUAGUUUCAUUGGACCCAAGGCUGUUCAUCUUCAUCAUUCAUUCACAUUCUCAAAUUUUGGUAAUGUUUUUGGAAGUGAAGGUGGAAACUACUGCAGGAGACGUGUAGUGAAGUUCAAUGAUAACCAAUCUGCACCCUGGAAUCUACAUAUAGUAUCUCGGCAAAAUCAAGGAGAAGGAUCGAUAUUGAAGCACAAGGAUGUUCCCUUGAUAGACUUUCUUGGUGUGGGAAUCUCUUAG